UGUCAUUUCUUGCAACACAGAGAGAAUAAAGCUCUCAGAUUAUCAAGAUAAGAGACAAAAGACCAUCAACAAAAUGGCGUGUGGGACUCUCAGAAGCAUUUUCCUGACGGAACCAUGGAGGCCUCUUCCCCGGAAAUCAACUCGGGCAUUUUUUCAUACCCAGAAAUGCUCCAACACCAAUUUAAUAAGCUGUGGCUGUAAACUCAUCAAUUAUAAAAGAAGUCAGUAUCUGAAAUGCUCUAACAAUAAAAGCCCAUUGGCAUCUGACGGUGACCCUGGCCAAGGUCCUCCUCAAGAAGCUGUCCUUAAGGCCAUUUCAGAAGUGUCCAAGAGUGAAGGGAGGGUUGGGCAAACAACGAAUGUCAUAAUUGGAGGCACGGUGCAGGAUGAUGCUACUAAUGAGUGGCUUGCUCUCGAUAAGAAGGUGAAUUCUUACCCCACUGAAAGAGGAUUUACAGCUAUUGGUACUGGAGGUGAUGAUUUUGUGCAGGCUAUGGUUGUUGCUGUUGAAUCAGUGAUACAACAGCCCAUCUCUGAGGGCAAGGUGAGGCAGAAGUUAUCUUCAGGGGGGAAAUAUGUAUCAGUGAACAUUGGGCCAAUUCAAGUUGUUUCUAGUGAGCAGGUUCAAGCUGUAUACAACGCCAUGAGAAAAGAUAACAGGAUGAAAUACUUUUUGUAAAUGACUUUCUUCUGUAACCUUUGUAUAGAAUUGAAUUACCUAGGCAUGAUGAUGAUUCACGCUUUUCGUUUCACCUUUUUUCUUCUUCCUAAUAUGUCCUAGUAUUUAAUAUUGUAAUUAAUUGUUCUUUGAUUAAUUACGAAAUAAUUUUAGCCUUAAAUUGA